GCUACGAAUAUUAGGGUAUAAAAAGCCCCAAAUCUCUUCCCUCUCUUCGAACCGAACUCCUCUCUCUCUCUCUCUCUCUCUCUCUCUCUCACCUUCAAUUAUCUUGAAAAGGACCAAAAAUGGCGACAUUCGAGCUAUACAGGAGGUCAACGAUUGGUAUGUGCUUGACUGAAACACUUGAUGAGAUGGUCUCCAAUGGUAUCCUUAGCCCGGAACUCGCCAUUCAAGUUCUUGUUCAGUUCGACAAGUCAAUGACUGAAGCUUUGGAGAGUCAAGUAAAGACCAAGGUUACUAUUAAGGGACAUCUUCAUACCUACAGAUUCUGUGACAAUGUGUGGACCUUUAUCUUACAAGAUGCUGUGUUCAAGAGCGAAGAAUGCCAGGAGACUGUUAGCCGCGUUAAGAUUGUGGCAUGUGACUCAAAGCUGCUCACACAGUGAGUAGAUAGCUGAUGGAGAGAAUUUUCUGUUACAGAUUUGCAUUUCUAUCUUUAACAUAGAAAUCAAUGCAAGAGAAAUCUGGGAGAAGAGGGUUCAGGCGAGGUGUGAUUAUAUCCAUUCCGGGUAUAUUUCCAGGCAGCCAUUUACUUAUUUUUGUAUAAACCAGCAUACAUCUAUAGCUAUAAGUAGUCAAACUGUUAUAUCUAUGAUGCCAGUGUAUUUGAUGGACCUUUUGUACAAUGUUAAACUUUAGUAUUUCUGACGUUGAUAUGAACUACCGAAUUUAAUUUCUCCUUUCUGGAA